CCGAGGUGGGCAUUGGUAGUAACUGUUGUUUGUGUUGCAUAGAGGGGCGGUGGCAGAAGGAGGAGUUGAAGUGGAGGUCGACGACAUUGGGGCUUUUAAGGAUUGGGGUUGAGAAAAUCCAAAACUGAGAGUUAUUGCGAAAACAGAAAAUACGGUUAUCAUUUGUAAGAAUGGGAAACUGUAACACCGUUGGACCUAACGAAGCCCUCGUUGUCUCAGGUGGCUGUUGUGGCUCAGAUGAGAAGGUAUAUGUAGUAGGGGGAUGGGCCUGGUCGUGGUGGUUCAUUUCCGAUACACAGAGAGUCUCUCUGGAGGUUAUGACCAUCCUCUGUCGCUGUGAGAAUAUCGAAACUAUGGAGGGUGUCCCCUUGGGUGUGACGGGGGUCGCUCAGGUUAAAGUAAUGACUGAAAAAGAGCUCCUUGCAGUUGCUUGUGAGCAGUUUUUAGGGAAAAGCGUUCAAGAAAUCAAAAAUGUUGUGCUGCAAACUCUGGAAGGUCAUCUUCGUUCGAUUCUAGGCACUCUGACUGUUGAACAGAUAUACCAAGACAGAGAUCAAUUUGCAAAGCUAGUGCGGGAAGUGGCAGCCCCAGAUGUCGGACGUAUGGGCAUUGAGAUUCUUAGCUUUACCAUAAAGGAUGUCUACGAUAAAGUGGAAUACCUGAGCUCUUUGGGGAAGACACAGACUGCUGCAGUUCAGAAAGAUGCUGACAUUGGUGUUGCAGAAGCAGACAGGGAUGCUGGAAUUAGGGAAGCAGAAUGUAAAAAGGAGAUGAUGGACAUCAAAUUUCUGGCCGACACUAAAAUGGCAGAUUCCAAACGAGAACUGGAAAUGCAGAAAGCUGCUUUUAAUCAAGAAGUGAACACAAAGAAAGCGGAGGCACAGCUAGCUUAUGAACUGCAGGCUGCCAAAGAGCAACAGAAAAUUCGGCUAGAAGAAAUUGAAAUUGAAGUGGUACAGAGAAAAAAGCAAAUUACUAUUGAGGAGAAGGAAAUUCUGAGAACAGAGAAGGAGCUGAUAUCUAUAGUGAAGAGGCCUGCAGAAGCUGAAGCCUACAAAAUGCAGCAGCUGGCUGAAGGAGAUAAAAUUAAAAAGGUGCUAACGGCACAGGCAGAAGCAGAGAAGAUUAAGCUAAUUGGAGAAGCAGAGGCCGCCUCCAUUGAGUCUGUUGGAUUAGCAGAAGCUGAGAAGAUGAAACUGAAGGCUGCGGCUUAUCAACAAUAUGGAGAUGCAGCCAAGACUGCCUUAGUUUUAGAAGCCCUGCCCAAGAUUGCCAGUGAAGUUUCAGCACCGCUGUCCAAGAUUAAUGAAAUUGUGAUCCUGAGUGGUGACAGCAAUCGUGUCACCGGCGAAGUGAACCGUUUACUGGCAGAGCUGCCUGUUUCAGUCCAUGCGCUGACGGGGGUUGACUUAUCAAAGAUUCCUUUGCUCCAGAAAGUGACCAAUCCACAGGCAUGAAAUGAAAACGUCCGAGUCUCCUGAAGUACCACUUUUAUUAUGCACUGUAACAUCGACUGCCUUCAAAAACUUGAAAAGGACUUUUGUUUUAUUUUGUUUUUUAUUCUACAGACAAGUGGAUAUUUACUUUAAAACCUCUGGUGCCUUACCUUCUAGGACCAGAACAUAUGCAUGCAGCACCUCUGUCUCAGAAUUUUUUUAAAAUAAUUAAUUUUACUCUUGGUUUAAAUGUGUAGGGUGCAUCUUGUGACUGACAUCCAGAAGGGCAGUAUGUCCUGAUGUACACCUUAGACACUCUGCUUAUUUGUGUUUUCUCGUCUUGUCAGUCUGCCAACAGAAGACCUGUUACCAAGUGGGAGACUGGCGGCGGGCUUAUGCUCUGUGGAUUGUUGUAAAGUGGUUUAAUUCAGGAAGUGGACAGUCUGAUAUGAGCUGAGAAUCUAGGCUUUGAUCGUCUUGAAAACAUCUUGGAGAAGACUGGCCCAUGUGUCAGUUUGACUUUCACCGCACGUGGUUUAUACAAAAAUGUCAGGAUAGAAUAGCUUUACAUAUCUUCAAUGAAAACAGAGUAAGGGGAACAAAAUCUCAGCGGCUGAAAUAAACAGAAAUAUUUACUUAUCUUUCUGCUGAGUGAUUAUAAAAAAUAUAGCCAUAGCCACAAUGUUUGCAAUGGCUGUAUAGUGACCUAAAUAAAUGUAGGUAAGCACUAUACUGGACACAGUGAUGUUUAUUAUGAAAUUACCUACAGUUAUGGAAGAGUUCGGCUGUAUACUAAGAUCCUUGGUUUGUUCUUCCUUUAUAAUCCAAUACUUGUGUCAUUUGGGCAUUAGAAGUUCAAUAGGAACUUUUUUGGGUGGGUUGGUUUGUCCAGAGAGAAGUCAAGCAGUGCCUUCUGCGCCAUGUGCCACCUGGUGGAGUGUAAAGGCAUCACUGCCUGCUUUCACUUGCCGCUUCACACUCACUGCAGGGUUAGAAGCAAACCUGCAUUUAUGCUCUGUUUCAUCCGUCAUUCUUUUGUGUAUUUCAAAAUGAGUACAAUCGUAAAACAACACUAUAAGGACUUUAAAAAGUGGGCCCCAAGGGCAUGCUGACUCUUAACCUGCCAGGAACUUUGAAUCAGGUAUACAGUAGCGGACUUUUAGAAAAAGAAAAUGUAAGGAUCUCGUUACAGGCCUUUGUUUAGAUACGCUGUUAAAGGCCACGAUUGUAUUUGUGUGUGUGCGCUUUAAUUUUUUUUUUUUUGCUUAAAAUGUUAAUUUAGUUUGUUCUUUGGUAAAAUUACUUUCUUUUAACUAGUCACAAGGCCAAAGGAAAUCAAUUUUCAUGUGUGGAUGUUUCUGUAUCAUUAGACAUCCAGUCGGUGCUGCAAAGCUACCAAAAUGAGGCCUGGCGCUGCUCGGGUUUGUGUUUUGCGUGCGGAAGGCGUUGAGAGGCGGGGCUGCAGUGUGCCUGGUAAAUCCAAACUCCUCCCACAGCUCGCCCGGCCGUGGAGCAGCUCCCUCCAUUCAUGUCAGCCGUCGAAUUGCAGUUGAUUUUAUUUGUUUUCCUGCUCACAGCAUACUAUUAAGCAAAUGCAUUACAGAUCUGAAAAUUGUUUUUGUAUUAUUACUGAUGUGGGGAGCUGCUGCCUACACAUUUUCAAAGUGUGGUUGUAUGAGGAAUUAUAUCUGGGGAGAAUCGAUGGCCUUUAAUGUGAACUGAUUUAUUGUUGUAGCUCUAAUAUAGCUAACAUUUUUUUUUAUUUUGCGUAUACUGUAGAAGUAAGCUUUAACCCUCUGGAAAUGAACUUUUUACUCAUGCUUUUAAAAAUUUAAAUAGGAGGCAUUUAUACUUGUGGAGCGUGUAUCGUCAGCAAUCCGUGUAGUGUCACUAUAGAAAUAUAUAUUGAGCUGUGAAACAAUUUGCUUUAAAUUGAUUUUUCAUGUCACACUUCAAUCUUUUUACACUUGUAUGCUGGAUUUGUUCAAAGGCUGUGAAUAGUCUGACGUUUAUUAUGAAUGAUUUCUGAUUACGGCUUUUGCUUUAGCCCAGAACAAUUUCAUGAAGCAUUUGAAGGGCAACACAAACGCGGAUCAGCGAGCGCUCCGGGUGAGUCUGUCGCAGGCUGGACCACCGCUUACCCCUGUGGGACCCCGAUCUUAGUCUGACAAGACUGCACCGCGUGCUAGUAAAUUUACUGAAGGAUACCUCGGGGAGUCAGCGGGCUGCACAGACGCACCUCUGAACGCUUUUACUGGACGCUGAAUCCUAGCAGUCAUUAUUUUUAAUCUAUCAGAGUUAUCUUGUUUAUCCUUUAUAAAAACUGUAUUUUUUUUUAACAGAAUGUAAAAUAGAACUAUUAUUCACAUUGUUGAACUCCACAUAUGUAUUAUUAUAGUCCUGCAUGUGUCUUAUUUUAUUUUUGUAUUGCUGUGAUUGUUUCGAUGCUGUGAGGCAGCCUGUUCUAUACUGCAUUUCUAUAUUGUUUUUUCAAUUUUCCUUUAUCUACUGUUGUUGGUGGCACAUCCUGAAACAGAACCAUGCUGUGACAAAAUCUGAAACAUGUGCCUCUAUUGCUGUGAUUUGCGGGUUAGGUCAGUUGAUGCUAUCAGCACUUUAAACUCUUCAAAUUAUUAUGCAAAGCCUGUGCAAACUCAACAGAUUUGGAAAGCAGACCGGCGAGCCGCUGUAGUGAUGUGCUGCUCCAGCUGCCCACUAGCAGCGACUGGAAAACGCCUGACAGGUAGGAGAAGUCCUGUUUACGAGAGCUUCUGCUGCUGGUUCUUCUUCUCCAUUGAAGUGGUAUUUGACCAGCAGCACCUCACUCCCACUAUAUGUGCUGGCAAUCAGAAAUGUUACCCUUUUUUUUUUUUUUUUAAACAGUUCAUAUGGGACAGUUGUGAAUCACACUUUGAUUUGUUUCAAUAUUUACCAAGUAAACUGUUUUGGACUUAAUGUUAACCAGUGUCAGGGCUGGCUUUAUCAGUGUCCUUUUUAUAAUGCAUAUUGAUCAGCCUUUGGAUCUGUUUUGAUAUCAAGCUUCUCAGGACUCAGAACUACGUCUCUGUUACAAUUCGAUGUGUACCUUUUAGAUGUCUGUAGCCAUCCUCUUUGAAUUACUAGAAGACUUGACCAGUUAAUGGGAGAAUACAGCCGUAGUUUCAUUUAGUAGUGCAGUGUCGUGGGUCACGGUGUAGUACCCGUCGCGCAUCAUCCACAUCGUAGCUCGCAGUGCACGAGGAGUGUGCCGAGCUCGGCGAAUGUAUGCUGCCGCUGGUUUCCUUGGACGAGACUUGGCAGCAGUUUGUAAUUUUUUUUUUCUUUUUCUAGUCCUCUGAAUGGCCUCCCAACUCUGAACUUUCCUUUUGUUUUUCCGCCCACCUUCUCAUUUGAUGUCACUUCUAGGACAGUUUGAACCCUUUCAGUGCGGUGUCCUCCACUAAGAAUCAAAAGUGUUGCAUGUGAAGGUUACAUUCAUAGACAAAAGUAGUUUUACUAAUACUUGUAGUUUUUUUUAUAAUUUUGAGGUAAAGAUCUAAAUCAUCACUUGACACUCCAUAUUCUAAAGCGCCUUGUACAUUAAAAAAAAAAGAAAUAAAAAAGGCCAUUGGCCGAAUCUCCUGUUCAUCCCGAUUCUGUGUAGCAGUUGUCCCUUUCAAAAGGACUGACGGGAAUUCGGAUUGCUUGCUUGCUUUCUUUAUUUCUUUCUUUCUUUUUAAACUGUCAUACAGUAAAUAACUGAAUCUUAUUAGGACAUGAGAUACGUACUUUUUAGUUGAUCUGAAGUUUCUUUUUUAAUUGUUGAAACGCUUUUUAAUUUUACAAAGGUUUUAAGUUAAAUGAGCUCCUUAAAUAUAAGAAAAAAUGUGCUUCUGUAAUUUUGUGCAAGCUGUUAGUGCCAAAAGACCCCAAGCUGUGGUGUUGAUCCAAAACACAGGAGGAGAUUUCACGUCAAAGUUGCAAAAUGGCAAGAGUGCGAGCAGCGCAGGGAAUUAAGUGUUCAACAGUCAAAUGAAUCUUCUUUUCUUUCUUUGUCUUUUUUUAUUUUUCUAAAUGACUUUUAAGCACUGGGCCGUUUUCUUUUUUUUUCCAUUGUACAUCCUGAAUCCUGUGCUACUUGUUGGAUUGUUGAUCCUCAACAGCCUGCAUGUCAGUUCUGCAUGUAUCCGUUGUAAAUCAUUCACUUCUUGUUGUAUGCAGUCAUGUUGAAGCCUCAUUCAUGUGUAUCUAAUAAAUGUUCUCUCACCAA